AUGCGUAUCGAAGAGCUCAUCAUUGACGGCUUCAAGUCGUAUCCGAACCGAACGACGGUCACGGGCUUCGAUGCUUCCUUCAAUGCUAUCACCGGUCUCAACGGUUCCGGUAAAUCCAACAUCUUGGAUUCGAUCUGCUUUGUUCUGGGUAUCACCAACCUCACAGCAGUUCGAGCCAACAACUUGCAAGAUCUGAUCUACAAGCGAGGUCAAGCAGGUAUCAUCAAGGCCUCCGUCACCAUCGUAUUUGACAACACAGAUCGCAGCAAGUCUCCCGUCUCGUUCGAGAACUGCCCACAGAUCACCGUCACGCGUCAGAUUGCCAUGGGUGGGCUCAGCAAGUACCUCAUCAACGGUCACAAGGCCACACAACAAGCCGUGCAAAACAUGUUUCAGAGCGUUCAGCUCAACAUCAACAACCCCAACUUCCUCAUUAUGCAGGGCAAGAUCACCAAGGUACUCAACAUGAAGCCAGCAGAGAUCCUCUCGAUGAUCGAGGAAGCCGCAGGAACUCGCAUGUUCGAAGAUCGUAAAGAUAAGGCUAUCAAGACCAUGUCCAAGAAGGAUCAGAAGGUCAAGGAGAUCACGGCUCUGCUCGAGGAAGAGAUUACUCCCAAGCUUGACAAGCUGCGAGAGGAAAAGCGCUCCUUCCUCGAAUACCAGAAGGCUAGCACCGAACUCGACCAUCUCACGCGUCUUGCCAAAGCCUACGAAUGGCAGCAGUACUGCGCUAAGUUCGAGGAGAAGAAAGCCCUUGUCGAUCAAAAGACGCAGGAUGUACAGGACCGCGAAGAUGAGGCCAAAGCUCUCAAACGUCAGAUCGAGAGCAUCGAAAAGGAGUUGGCGCAAAUCGAGAAAAAAAAGGAAGCCGAAAUGACCAAGGGUGGCAAGCUUCAGGCACUCGUCAACCAGAGCAAGGAGCUUCAACAUGAUCUCGUCAAACGCAAGGCACAGGUCGACAUCAAGAUGGGCUCGGUCGAAGAGGAGCGCAAGAAGCUUCAGGCGGAUCAGGCAGCGCUCGAGUCGUUGCAUGAAACAUUGCAGGAGAAGCAAGCCGAACUGGUCGACCUCUCAGGCAGCUUCUCCAAACUCAAGGCUGACUACGACGGUGCUGUGGCGGAAGUCAACAAGCAAGACGAGCUUCUGCAGACCUUGCUCACCGGUAUGGCCUCCUCGUCCAAGUCGAAGAGCGGUGAAAGCUCUGCUGGUGGAUACAUGGGUCAGAUCGCAUCUGCACGUGCUGAAGAGUCAGCGGCCGGUACAGAGAUUGAGCAGUCCAAGCUGCGUAUCGGCCAUCUCGAGAAGGAAGUCAAGCAGAAGGAGCCGCUUGCGAAGAAAGCUCAAAAGGACGCAGCCGGUCUCAUGAGCGAGCUCGAGACUUCGCGCGGCGCUGUGCAGCAGCUCGAAGCUCACAUGGAGAAGCUUGGCUGGAACGAUGAGAAGGAGAAGUUACUGCUGCAAUCCAAGGCUGAGUGGAGUCGACGUGUCUCAGAUCUUCUCGAGCGCAAGGAAGGUCUCAAGUCCAAGCUGGCAGGUAUGGACUUCCAGUACUCGGACCCGGAGCCCAACUUUGAUCGUUCCCGCGUCAAAGGUCUGGUCGCAUCUCUCAUCCAGCUCGAUCAAGACAAGCACAAGUACUCGACUGCUCUCGAGAUCUGCGCGGGUGGCCGACUCUACAAUGUUGUCGUUGAGGACGAGAAGGUUGGCUCUAAACUGUUGGCCAACGGUCAACUCAAGAAGCGCGUCACUUUGAUUCCUCUCAACAAGAUCAAUGCCUUUGUCGCUAGCGCUGAGAAAAUUGGCGCCGCACAGAGGAUUGCGCCUGGUAAAGUCGACCUCGCUCUGUCGCUUGUUGGCUACGACGACGACGUGAGCCGUGCUAUGGAGUACGUGUUCGGUAACACGCUGAUCUGCGCUGAUGCUGCUACGGCUAAGCGUGUCACGUUUGAGAAUGCGGUGCGCAUGAAGUCGGUGACGCUCGAUGGCGAUGUCUACGAUCCGCAAGGCACGCUUUCAGGCGGAUCCAAGCCCCACUCAGGCAAUGUUCUCGUCAAGAUGCAAGACCUCAUCAAGAUCGACAAGGCACUCAAGGAAGCCAAGCUCGAGCUUGGUAAGGUCGAAUCGCAGAUCCAAGCUGCCAAGUCACAGAUGGCGUCAUUCUCGAAAGCCAAGCGUGACUUAGACCUCAAGCGUCAUCAGGUGACAUUGCUCGAAUCGCAGAUCAGCGGAUCCAACGCUACCCGCAUCAUCGGUGAAGUCGAGAAAGCUAAAGCCUCGAUCGUUGAGCUCAAGGAAGCUAUCGAUGCUGCUAAGAAACGGCAACAGGACGCAAGCAAAGAAGCCAAGCGGCUCGAAAAGGAGAUGGAAGAGUUUGACAAGAACAAAGACUCCAAGCUCGACCAGCUCAAGACCGAGAUCAAGAGCAAGAAAGCUGACGUGCAGAAGCGUAGUGGAGAGAUCAAGGCUCGUCAGGGUGAAGUUCGAACUUUGGAAUUAGAGAUCGAGCAAACACACGCCGAAAUCACUGCUUGCGAAAAGACCAUUGCGGAGGGUGAACGUGCUAUCAAGAGGGUCGAGACGGAGCUUAGCGACAUGCAGACCAAGCUGGAAGAGAUUCAAGCUGAGGUGGACAAGGUAGAAUCAAAACUGACACAGGAACGAGCGACGCUUUCUGGUUAUGACGAUGAACUGACUUCAUUGCGCAACGCACUCAAGUCCAAGAAGCAGGAGAUUGCUGAUGGCGCCUUGUUGAUCAAGCAGUACAUGCACGACAGGGAGAAGCUGGCCACCGAUGUAGCUGGCUACGAGAAAUCAAUCCAACAGCUCGAAAACCAGUUCGAAUGGAUUCAAUCCGAACACCGAUUCUUUGGUCAAGCAGGCACAGUGUACGACUUCGCCAAACACAACAUGUCCGAAGUCCGCAAACGAUGCAAGAAGCUCGAAGAAACGCAACAGGGUAUGCGAAAGAAGGUCAACCCCAAGGUUCUGUCGAUGAUCGAAGGUGUUGAAAAGAAAGAGUCUACACUCAAGACGAUGCUUUCCACCGUUCUCAAAGACAAAGACAAGAUCGAGGAUACCAUCACCGAGCUCGAUCGAUACAAACGUGACGCUCUCCAAAAUACUUGGGAGAAAGUCAAUGCCGACUUUGGCUCCAUCUUCGGCGAACUUUUACCUGGAAACUAUGCUAAACUCCAACCACCGGAGAACCAAGAUCUGACACAGGGUCUAGAGGUCAAGGUGAGACUGGGAACAGUAUGGAAGCAGAGUUUGACAGAAUUGUCGGGAGGACAGAGGAGUUUGAUCGCGUUGAGUCUGAUCAUGAGUCUGUUGCAGUUCAAGCCGGCCCCGAUGUAUAUUUUGGACGAGAUCGAUGCAGCGUUGGAUUUGAGUCAUACUCAGCAUAUUGGUCAGUUGUUUAGGAGUAGGUUUAGGGGAAGUCAGUUUAUCGUGGUCAGUUUGAAGGAGGGGUUGUUUACGAAUGCGAAUGUACUGUUCAGGGCUAGAUUCAGGGAUGGAACGAGUUUGGUGGACAGAACUGUGAAUGCGAAUAGGACUACGGCGGGUGAUGGGGAUGGGGUGGACAAGGAGAAUCAGAAUCCUCAACAGGGAGCGAGGAAAAGAGGUGGGAAGGCGGCAGCUGCAGCUGCGGGUGCGGGUGGCGCGGGGAGGUUGUUAGCUGCCUAA